UGAUCCUGGAAACUGUAACAUGGCGGCGUCCGUAUCGUCGCCGUCGCGGCCGCCAAUUGAGGGGAUGGUGAAAUUGAGCCACAAAAGGUACAGAGCACUUUUGAAGAAAGAGAAGCGGAAGAAAAGGAGACAAGUUCUAGCAAGACUGAGAGAUUCAGAAAACACAAAUAGAGGUGAACCAGCCUGUGAAGAAGAUCUGAAUGAAGAAGAGCAACAACUUGAAGCUGAAAGGCAAAGGCUUCAUGAAGAGUGGUUGCUAAGGGAAGAAAAGGCUCAAGAAGCUUUCAAGAUCAGGAAGGAAAGAGAAGAGGCAGCCAGAAAACAUCAAGAAGAAGAAGAGCAAAAAAUAAAAGAAGAAUGGAAAAAACAACAAAAGAAAGAACAAGAGGAGGAAGACCAAAAACAACAAAUGAAGAGAGAAAGAGAGGAGGCUGUGCAGAAGAUGUUGGACCAGGCUGAAAGUCAGCUAGAAAAUGGAACUACUUGGCACAAUCCUGAGCCCCCAGAGAAUAUAGGCACCGAAAAGGAUCGUGCCAAUUGCCCAUUCUAUAUUAAGACUGGAGCUUGCAGAUUUGGAGACAGGUGUUCUCGGAAACAUAAUUAUCCAAGCUCUAGUCAAACACUUCUUAUCAGGGGAAUGUUUGUUACUUUUGGGAUGGAGCAGUGUAAGAGGGAUGACUACGACACAGAUGCAAGCCUGGAAUACAGCGAGGAGGAAAUUUAUCAGCAAUUCCUCGAUUUCUAUGAGGAUGUACUUCCUGAAUUCAAAAAUGUGGGGAAGGUUAUUCAGUUCAAGGUGAGCUGUAACUUUGAACCUCAUCUUCGAGGAAAUGUGUAUGUUCAAUAUCAAUCAGAGCAAGAAUGUCAGGAGGCUCUUACUUUAUUCAAUGGUCGGUGGUAUGCAGGGCGGCAGCUGCAGUGUGAGUUUUGUCCAGUAACAAGGUGGAAAACAGCUAUUUGUGGUUUGUUUGAAAGGCAAAAGUGUCCAAGAGGAAAGCACUGUAAUUUUCUUCAUGUAUUCAAAAAUCCAAAUAAUGAGUUCUGGGAAGCCAACAGAGAUAUUCACAUUUCCACUGAGUGGGCUAAAGAGGCAGGUAAAAACUCUGAAAGGAGACAUAGAUUGGGAUACUAUGAAGAACAUUAUAGCAGAUCAAGAAGGAGGAACAGUCAAAGUCCAGAUCAUUCAUACAAUAAAAGAAAUGGAGAAUCUGAAAGAAAAAAAUCUCAUCGUAAGCAUAAGAAAAGUCACCUUUCUGAGAAAUCAGGCAGCCGUGGAAGGCAACGGUCACACAGUAAAAAGAAGAGAGGACGGAGUCACAACAGGAGCAUGACACGUAGCCGUAGUAGAAGUUUGUCUCUUUCAAGAAGUCGAGGCAGAAAGAGGUCCAGGAGCAAAGGAAGGAAUAGCUGAAUUUGCUAGAGAAUGACUUUUAUGACAGAUGUGUUUUAAAAAAAAAACAAAACUGUAGUCCUAUUAGAGUGGUUGUAUAUUGUUAUGCCCCAAGAAUAGCAGUUAUGCACUAUCCUAUCUAAAGUUUUGCAAUAAAUUAUGAAAAAAAUUGAAAUACAUUUCCUGCGACUUGUUUAAUUAA